AUGCUUACUGUUUUCUAAAUCUGUUUAUUUGUACUGAAUAUAUACUUUUGAUUUUUACUUAUUUAAAAACAUAAUGUAUUAUUAUUUUGUUGCUUUUGGUAAUAACAAUUCAGUAUAAUAUUCAGCAUUCAGGGGAGAUGUGUAAAUAGUUGAGCGAACGGCUGUCUCUUUAGAGAUGGUUCCUUAUGAAGCUGAUGACGAGGGGCGCAUGUGUUGUCAUGUGACGUCAUCCUUCCAGAGGACAGGCGUUGUUCUCCGCACAGGAGGGCUGAACCAGGUCUGGUCCUGCAGGUCCAGUUCAGGAAGACUCUAAUACAGGCCGAAAUGAGACAGUGAGACCGCAGCAGAACCACAACCAGAAUCAUCUGCGAUCACCAUGACGACGCAGCGUUAGCUAGUGCUCAGCAUCCGCAUCAUCAGCAUCAUCCGCGGCUCAGGUGCGCCGUCCGUCAGGCAGGAUGGAGUUCAAAGAGCUGGUGGACACCGCCGAGAAAUGGUGCUCCGGGAAUCCGUUCGACCUAAUCUUCGCCGAGGAUGUGGACGAGAGGCGACUGGACUUCUACGCCGAGCCCGGGAUCUCAUUCUACGUGCUCUGCCCGGACAAUCUCACCGGAGGAACCGACAAUUUUCAUGUGUGGAGUGAGAGCGAGGACUGUCUACCAUUCCUUCAGCUUGCGCAGGACUACAUCUCCUCCUGCGGGAAGAAAACACUGCUGGAGGUGCUGGACAAAGUCUUUAGAUCCUUCAGGCCUCUCCUGGGUCUUCCAGAUAUUGACGACGACACAUUCGAUCAGUAUCACGCAGACGUGGAGGAGGAACCAGAGCCAGACCACCAGCAGAUGGGUGUGAGCCAGCAAUAAUGCCCAGCAGAGAGGCUCCACACUGGGCCACAGUUUCUGCAUCGAGCCCUGCUCUCAUAACCUUACUCACCUGGCUCUUCUUCUUAUACACACAUUUACACAUACACACACUGCACCAUUACACCCUUUAAAAUCUGGACAGCUUUUCCUGCACCCUGAUUUUAACAAAAGUGAUCGUUAUUUUGACCUAUAUUAUUUCUCAUUAACUUCUCAUCACAUUCAAGCAGAAACAAAACAAGCAUCUCAUUCCCUGCUUUCAUAAUUUAAAAAAAAUAAGCAGUCAUGUGACUGGAGGUGACAUUAUAGUAGAUUUAUGUUCAGAAUGGUAUACUGGUGUACUGUAUAUUGCUGCACUCUUGUCACUUGACCUCAUUACGUUGCAUGUUUAAUUCAGCGAGUGUCAUGCAGUUUUUGAAAAUUAUGAUGUUUUGCAUUUUGCAUCCCUUUUUUUGGUUAAAACAUCUUAAUUCUUGUGUGUGAUCAAAUUGUAAAAAUUGCAGCUUAUCAUGUCCUAUUUAUUAAUCAAAUUAGAAAUGGAAGGUAAAUGACAGUAUGCACAUUUUGACAAAUUCUGUAAGUCAUCCGUGUCUUGCAAACUUAUAAAAUGCAAAUAGUAAUAGUAUGCUAGUAUGCUCUUCUGAACAUAACACUUAUGAAUUUGCCUAAGGAAAGUCGCUUUUUAUGUGCACCAAUGAAUUGUUCACAAUAAGACCAGGAAUAUGUGUUAAGAAAGUAAGUAAGGUCAAUUAUUUCGAUUUCAUGUCGACUGUAAAGAAUCUAGAUAUCCAUUGUGGAUUUUCUGUAUCCGUGAUUUUAACCCUAGUUCUUGUAUUUGUAUUGAAAUAACCAAAGCUGAUUGCAAGUGCAUACAAAGUAUCUGUGCAAGGAUCAAAUUAAACAACAUCAGCGGGUAAAGUCUAAUUAUUACUUAUUCAAGAGGUGAUGGGGUUAUUGUGUUCUUGGGUGAGUGAGAUGUUUAAACAGAUCAUUGAUUAAUCCUCUCUUUGCCUUUAUUGUCUUUUGAUUGUAUUAAUCAACAUCCUCUGAGUUCAGAAAGGUCAACUCAAGAGUUUAACAAAAGAAAGGUCAAACAGUGUAUCUAAGUCUAAACUCUUAAAAUAAAGGUUCUUCUGCGGUUCAACACUGAAUACGAUUCUUAUCAAGAUCCCUUUUUAGCCUCAAAUGGUUCUUGAGUUGAUAUAGACUUCUUUAAAGGUGCUCUGUACCGUUUUUACAUAUCCACCUUAAGCCUAUGGGUGAGACUUCCGGUUCAUUAGCUGCUAUAGGGUAAUAACCAGUAUGUUCGUUAUUAAGAUAAUACAUUAAAAUAAUAUGGUAAGACACGCCAAUUUACAAUAUCAAGCAGCAAACAAGCUGUUUUGUACAGCUAAAAAUAGCUCGAUGUGGAUGAGGAUGAAAGCCAAACCCAUAAAAAUUACAAAUGGCCACACCCACUCUUACAAGAAAAAUAAGGUGGAUAGAAUCAGUACCCAUUUACUACAAAAAGAUACAGUGUAGUAAUGAUGUUGUAAUCCAAGCUUUAAUGUUACAUUUUUGGUAGUUGGGACAGCCGGGGCAUGUUUGUUAUUGUAUGUAAGCCACGCCCUUUAAAACACAUCCCCCUCCCCGCAUUUAUAAUGAGACCGUGAGAGCACCGCCCACACUGCUCUGUAAAAGCACGAAGACGGAGCUCAGUAUGGAGCGUUCUACUAAAGGCAAAUAUCCACAUGCCCUCUUUUUAUAUUUGCAUAACACUUACCUCCCCAUUUGACAUUGUUUAUAAAAGCCAAACGUAUCUUAAGAUUGAUUAUCUUUCGUUUUCAUUAUGUGUUGUGCAAGAGGGGGUGUGGCCAAGGCGCAUGUUCCAUGAGACAUGUUGAGAAAUUGUAUGUAGCACCUUUAAAGAAAACAUCCUUUUUUUGGGAAGUUGGAAUUUUCCUGUAUAAUCAAACUGUAAAAUAUCACCAGAACCUUUAUUUUUAAGAGAAGGCCUGUAGGCCUAUAUAUAUAUCAGCUGAUUCAGGUGACUGCUGUGUAAUGGUCAUGUGACCUGAUGUAGCAGUUACCAGGACCUGUUUAAAGCAUUAUUUAUCUGCUGUCAUUUCAUCAGUACAAACACAUCAUGAUGUUGACUGAAGGACUGCACAGACUGUGCCACAGGAGAGGUCAGCAGAGGCACGUGAUAUUUCUCCAGGACAUACUGUAUGUGAAUUUGCUGACAUUAUACACGUGGCUGUUAAACUUCCACUGUCUUCUGCUUUCAUAGUGUCUUCCUGCACACGCCCAGUGAAGCGUAGAGAUGAAUUAUACCAACAUUAUAUGAAAGUGUGUUACUGAGAUCAAAGCUGCUGUUUUUCUGUCUUUAUGUAGUUAUGUAACAGUUAAAGCUCUGUACCAGAUUGUGAUAUUUAUUUUACUUUAAUAUUUAUUUAUUUGUCCCAUGGUUUGAACUGCUCAAUUUUAGCACUUUUUGUGUAAUUUAAAUUUCUUGAACGUUACUUUAUGUAGCUUAACCUUUAUUUGUUUAUAUGUAUUCAUUUUUUUUCAGCUGACUGUCUUUAUCGUAUAACAGUUAAAGCUUUAUACCGAAUUUGUGAUAUCUAUUUUAUUUAUUAUUUAUAUUAUUUAUUAAUAUUUACCUAUUGUUUGUUAAUAGUUUACCCGUUUAUGAUUUAUUUAUUUCUGUACUCCUUUGUGUGCGUAAAUCCAUUUGUGGAUGCUAUUUUUGUCACCUUUAUAACUAAUAAUUUAAUUUCUAAGAAGAUUGUUCAAAUCUUACAAUGUGGUAAUUGGAAAUAUUGUUAUUGAUUUUAGAUGAAUAUUGAUCAGCCUGUUGUCUAGAGUCAUUUAGAAUUAAACUGGAGUAAAAUUUGUUUGGGUCAGCAUGUACUGUAAUCUGAAAUUCAACAAUUAAAUUUGAAUCUUA